AUGCUGCCCCCCGCAUCCCAGUCUCCAGAAGAGGUUCAGCACUAUGGACAGCACCUUGACCGGUUGGACGACCGCCUGGAGGGGAUACACCCCUCCGCUCACACCGCCUCACUGCUCAAGCUCAGUUCCAAUGAGUCACCGUCCCCCAGUGAGAUCCCUGGCCGGGAGGAGAAAGACAAAGCCGCGAGCGCCAAGAAGGUGGAUGCAGAAGAAGAGGAGAUCGACAUCGACCUGAACGCGCCCGAGACGGAGAAGGCAGCGCUUGCCAUUCAGGGCAAAUUCCGACGCUUCCAGAAACGGAAAAAGGACCCCAGCUCCUGA